AUGUGGAUAGGAGCAGCAGAUAAGAAUGAGGUAGACGAUAAUAUAGUACAGGAAGUUUCUAGUAGAUUGUCUAAAGUAGAACCUGCAUGGGACGAAUUCAAUGAAGUUCAGAGUAAAAUUGAAGAGUUGAAGGUGAACGCUGGUGCAUCAGGAGUUAGUUCCACCACCGGUUCAGUUAACCCUUUCAGGACCACUGAAACUAAUCACGAUGGAUCAAUUAGUCCCAUGAGAAGUUUUGGAAAUAAAGAGAGCGAAAAUAUAGACAAUAACCCUAAGACGUUUCCUUGUCUUAAUAUUUGUUCUAAACCUAGCACAAAUAAAAAUGAUGCAGAAUUCAUUAAAAAUCUAACAGCUAAUCCUCGGAUAUCAAUUAUUCCCAGUACCAGUAGAGAUAUAUACCAGUCUCCAUCGUCUCAUAAAGAUUUCAGCGAUGAGGAUGUCACAAGCUGCAGUGAAUAUAUAUCCGAAACCGAAUCGAGUAAUGAAUCAGAUAAUGAGCUGUUAUCCAACGUUCGAAACAAGCUAUUAUCUCAAACCAGGCAUGACUCAAACCAAAGCUCAAGUACUCAAUUAACUCCGGAGAAUCGAUUUAUAUCGCAUAUUACUGCUGAUAUUGGAUUGCCCAAUUUAAAAGAUGACCAUUUUUUGGAAGAAAAAAGAGAAAGAGUGAAAAAGAAAAUAUUUCAGUUGAAGGAGAAAACAUCUAAGAAACGUCUUAGGAAUCCAGAUCAGUGGAGUAGAAGAAAAUCUGCAAUUUUAAGAGCAAGAGGAGAAGAGUAUCUUUCUCAAACAGGGAAAGUUAUGUCAAAAAAAGAAAUAAAUUCUGGAUUGCUGUGCAAAGAAAAAUGCAGAUUAGAUUGCUCUGACAAGUUUCUUUUAGAAGAUAGAAAAGCAAUUUUAGAAAAGUAUUAUGCAUUAGAUAUAAACGCAAAAAAUGCUUUGUAA